CCGCUCCUUCCCCAGACUUUGUUUUUGUUCAGCGGAGGGAAGGUUCCCAUCUUCUGGCCCGACCCGGGAAGUGAGGUGGCCGGCGUUAGUCGCUCGCCGGAGCUGCUCCGGGGAAGUCCCGGCCUCAUUCCGUUUCUCGGCAGCGGGGCCGCGGGAAGAGAAGAGCGGCCCCAGCAGCCUGGGGGCGGAAUGCCGAACUUCAGCUCGGCGGCGGCCGGGAGCCAACGGGGUUAAAACCCGCGAUCCCGCCGCCUCCCGCCUCGCUCCACCGCCGCGCCGCUCGCCAUGGGCAGCCGCGAUCACCUGUUCAAAGUGCUGGUGGUGGGGGACGCCGCGGUGGGCAAGACGUCCCUGGUGCAGAGAUAUUCCCAGGACAGCUUCAGCAGACACUACAAGUCCACGGUGGGAGUGGAUUUCGCUCUGAAGGUUCUCCAGUGGUCUGACUCAGAGAUUGUGAGGCUCCAGCUGUGGGAUAUUGCAGGGCAGGAGCGCUUCACAUCUAUGACACGACUAUACUAUCGAGAUGCCUCUGCCUGUGUUAUUAUGUUUGACGUUACCAAUGCCACUACCUUCAGCAACAGCCAGAGAUGGAAACAGGACCUGGACAGCAAGCUCACACUGCCCAAUGGAGAGCCUGUGCCCUGCCUGCUCUUGGCCAAUAAGUGUGAUCUGUCCCCUUGGGCAGUGAGCCGAGACCAGGUUGACCGUUUCAGCAAGGAAAAUGGGUUCACGGGUUGGACAGAGACAUCAGUCAAGGAGAACAAAAAUAUUAAUGAGGCCAUGAGAGUCCUCAUCGAGAAGAUGAUGAGCAAUUCCAGGGAAGAUACGUCUCUGUCCACCCAGGGGAACUACAUCAACCUACAAAGCAAGCCCUCCUCCUCUUGGGGCUGCUGCUAGGAGGAGUACGCUUGUUUUCCCUCCAGGUUCUAAGUCCUUCCCUUUGGUUGCCCACCCAGUGGUUUUAUUAAGUGCAUUUGAACUGCCUCCUGCUGACCGUCUAGUAAGGAGGGCCAGCGUCACGGAGAAAAGACACUUGGGACCCAUGUGCAUUUUUGCAUCUCCUGCAACUAGGUUCUUAGUUGCUGCUGGCUCAUGUGGCCAAGUUAGUGCCUUUUUUCUGUUUUUAUUGAAGUUAUUGGGGUGACACUGGUUAACAAAAUGAAACAAGUUUCAGGUGCCUAAUUCUACAACGCAUCAUCUGUACAGUUAGUGCCUUUUGUAUAAGAUCAUCUCAUUGCUCAAUUUGUGAUCUGGGGUUUUGUGGGAAGGAUUACAAAUCAGUAUCUGUGUUUUAAGGAUCAUAAUUCUCAGCUGCUUGUAAGCUUGUUUUGCCAUCUGAUGUAUGUUGAGAUAUCAAUCUGAUAUGACUUCAGAUUGAAAGGAAAAUGAGAUCAAAGGUCAUUUCCCAAAUUCCUUCUCGGUCGUGGCUUUCAGAUACUUUCUGUGCUGGACUUUUCAUUUAAACACCUGAUUCAGAAAUGCAGGAGUGGAAUUUGAUAUCUUUGGGUUUGGGGCUACUGGAGG